AUGAACUCUAAAGGCAAGCCGCACUCCCCAGAAGAGCCGGAUCGAGAGCCUCCACAUAAGCCAUCCACUCAUGUCAAGAUCUCCGACAAAGCGCCGGAGAUUCACGAAAUCCCUCCGUCAAUGCAAACAUGGACUGGUGAAGAGCCUCCCAAGGACCCUUCAAAGACUGCGCUUGAUUGGUCUGCGCGACAGAUGUUCGGUGCAGAGCAAGGGAUGGUCAAGCGAUAUGAUGAACUUAAGGAGGAGACUGGAGUGAAGGAAAAUGGCACAGAAAAAGAGGCCCAAGGCGAACCAGAGAAUGACACGUCUGAUUCUAGGAAAAAGGAUAGUCCGACUGGCGAAUAUUAA